AUGACCGAGCGCGUGCCCUUCUUGGCAUUCGCCCCACAGUCCAGAGGCGCCACUGGCGUGCGCGAGUACUUGCAAGAGCACCGUCAACAGGCUCGUGGCGACUUACUGGAGCUCAGCGAGUCUGUUCUCCUACUGGACGAACGGGUCGAGUCGAUAAUGGGCAAAUACCGUCACAACAUCGAUCAAGUGGAAGCUCUCGAUGUGGGUAUUCGGAUGGAGCUCUUGCCACUGCGAGCUCAGCGUGACAUCUGGAGCUCAUUGGCCAGUGGAGCGGCUCCUGAUAAGGCCGAUGCCGAGGUUUUAGCACGGGCGUUUCUUCGAGUUGCUGCACGGUCUCGUCGUGUGGAAAACGACGCAUUUUGUGUGUCUCUAGCCAGGACUGUGCUGAGUCAAGCAUCAGGGGAAGAGCAGAGCGAGGGCUCGCAGGGAAGCACGAUGAUGGCAGACGCUGCCUUUCGACGACGAAUGCAACGCUUCAUGCUGAGCCAAGUGCAAUUUCCGGUGCCUCAUAGUGGAACUGGUUGUGCUGGGGACGUGUUGCUUGAAGAGAACUCGUUUGAUCGUGUUGGUGCGAUACAGACGCGUCUUGAGCUGAACAAGCGUCACUUAGCUGCGGUUCCUGAUACACUCAGGCCAAACAAGACUACGCCGAGCACACGGGAUAGUACAACACCACUUUUCUCUGAGCCGGAAGAACGACCCAUGCUAUUGAAAGAGGUGGAAAACCGUGCAUCAGGUCUAUCCAAGCAGCUUGCUCAACUCGCGCGCUCCAAUGCUGCGGCGGAUACUGAUGAUAUUGCUACGCGCACGUUCGACAUGCUUGCAGAAGUCGUCAACGACGUCCAUACUACAUAUGCAGCCAAUGAGCAGAGUUUCCAGCACCUUUGUGGGAUUUUGCGGAUGCAUUCCACCAGCGACGACGCGCUUGCUUGUGUCAUCAGUGCUCUGGUCGCCUCCAACUGGAGCUCACGAUACGCGGCAAUUUUUUUGAAAACCAGUGUCCUGCCAAGAAUUCGAGCCGCUGAAACCGUGAUACCGCGUACGCUGCUGCAAGCAACACUCCUCUUUGGCUCGGCUUACGCUGAUGCGCUGGUUGAUUCACUGCUGCUUCCGCUUUUGGUUGGUGGCGAGCAUUCGACCGUUGGCCCAGCACAAGCCGAAGCAAUAACCCGGAUCCUGUGCAACCCUGAUACAGCGCUAACUGACCAACUAGAUGAGUUUAUUCAGAAAAGCCUAGCAGGAGUGACUGCCAACGAUGAAACCAGCUCAGGCACACAUCUGCUUGCCAACGAGUCAGCUCUGCUGGUGUUCCAGAACAUUCUCAACGCCAAGCCGAUUUUGUCAUCGUUGACGGUUGAUAGAUUUGUCGGAGCGUGCGAGGCCGUUCUUGAGCAACCAGAAGCUGAGCGAUUACGUGGCUCUCUCAAAUUCACCACCGUCGUCUUCACGCUGAUUACGAAGUACCCACAGCAAUGCGCUUGUCAUGUGGAAGCUCUCGAAGCGAUAGUUGCUCAGCUGACAUCCAUAAUGGCGAAGGCAACAAUGCGGUCGCUGGAGAAACUCAAGAAGAACAAGUGA